CCGAGGCGCGCGCGGAGCGGGGCGGCUGCGGCGUCCCCGCGCGCGGCCGGGCCAGGUAGGAACGCGGAGCCGCAGCCGCCUCGGCCAUGCGGCUGCCGGACCGGAGGCCUGGGCUGGGGCCCGCGCCACCCCCCGCGCGCCGCCCCCGCUGAGAGUGCGCCCCACUGGGCGUAGCAGGCACCAUGGUGCAGAAGUCGCGCAACGGUGGCGUGUACCCCGGCACUAGCGGGGAGAAGAAGCUCAAGGUGGGCUUCGUGGGGCUGGACCCCGGCGCGCCCGACUCCACUCGCGACGGCGCGCUGCUCAUCGCGGGCUCCGAGGCUCCCAAGCGCGGCAGCGUUUUGAGCAAGCCGCGCGCGGGUGGCGCGGGAGCCGGGAAGCCCCCGAAGCGCAACGCCUUCUACCGCAAGCUGCAGAAUUUCCUCUACAACGUGCUGGAGCGGCCCCGCGGCUGGGCAUUCAUUUACCACGCCUACGUGUUUCUCUUGGUCUUCUCCUGCCUUGUCCUUUCUGUAUUUUCCACCAUCAAGGAGUACGAGAAGAGCUCAGAGGGGGCCCUCUACAUCUUGGAAAUCGUGACCAUCGUGGUGUUUGGCGUUGAGUACUUUGUGAGGAUUUGGGCUGCGGGCUGCUGCUGCCGGUAUCGAGGCUGGAGGGGCAGGCUCAAGUUUGCCAGGAAGCCAUUCUGUGUGAUUGAUAUCAUGGUGCUGAUUGCCUCCAUCGCUGUGUUGGCUGCCGGCUCCCAGGGAAAUGUCUUUGCCACAUCCGCGCUUCGGAGCCUGCGGUUCCUGCAAAUCUUACGUAUGAUCCGUAUGGACCGGAGGGGUGGCACCUGGAAGCUCCUGGGAUCCGUGGUGUAUGCUCACAGCAAGGAACUGGUGACUGCCUGGUACAUCGGAUUCCUCUGCCUCAUCCUGGCUUCCUUUCUGGUGUAUUUGGCAGAGAAGGGUGAGAAUGACCACUUCGACACUUAUGCAGAUGCACUCUGGUGGGGCCUGAUCACCCUGACGACCAUUGGCUACGGGGACAAGUACCCUCAGACCUGGAAUGGGAGGCUGUUGGCCGCGACGUUUACUCUCAUUGGUGUAUCGUUCUUCGCUCUUCCUGCAGGCAUUUUGGGAUCUGGCUUUGCUCUGAAAGUCCAAGAGCAGCACCGGCAAAAACACUUUGAGAAGCGGCGGAACCCUGCAGCAGGUCUGAUCCAGUCUGCCUGGAGAUUCUAUGCGACUAACCUCUCACGCACCGACCUGCACUCCACAUGGCAGUACUAUGAACGCACAGUCACUGUCCCCAUGUACAGCUCGCAAACUCAAACCUAUGGGGCCUCCAGACUCAUCCCACCUCUGAACCAGCUGGAGCUGUUGAGGAACCUGAAGAGCAAGUCCGGACUCACUUUCAGGAAGGAGCCACAACCAGAGCCAUCACCAAGUAAAGGCAGACCGUGCCGAGGGUGCCUGUGUGGAUGCUGCCCCGGACACUCUAGUCAGAAGGUCAGUUUGAAAGAUCGUGUCUUCUCCAGCCCCCGAGGCGUGGCUGCCAAGGGGAAGGGGUCUCCCCAGGCCCAGACGGUCCGGCGGUCCCCCAGUGCUGAUCAGAGUCUCGACGACAGCCCAAGCAAGGUGCCCAAGAGCUGGAGUUUUGGUGAUCGCAGCCGUGCACGCCAGGCUUUCCGUAUCAAGGGUGCUGCAUCCCGGCAGAACUCAGAAGAAGCAAGCCUCCCCGGGGAAGACAUCGUGGAGGACAACAAGAGCUGUAACUGCGAGUUUGUGACCGAAGAUCUCACCCCUGGCCUCAAAGUCAGCAUCAGAGCUGUAUGUGUUAUGCGGUUCUUGGUGUCUAAGCGAAAGUUCAAAGAGAGUCUGCGCCCCUAUGACGUGAUGGAUGUCAUUGAACAGUACUCGGCUGGACACCUGGACAUGUUGUCCCGCAUCAAGAGCCUGCAGUCCAGGCAAGAGUCCCUGCCUGUCCAGUCUGGGCAUGAACAGGGCCCUCCGGGACAAAACCAGGCGUGGCACAAGGGGCACCAAGGGCUGGGUGACAGAGUGGACCAGAUUGUGGGGCGGGGCCCAACAAUAACGGACAAGGACCGCACCAAAGGCCCAGCAGAGACGGAGCUGCCCGAAGACCCCAGCAUGAUGGGACGGCUUGGGAAGGUGGAGAAACAGGUCUUGUCCAUGGAAAAGAAGAUAGACUUUCUGGUGAGCAUUUAUACGCAGCGAAUGGGCAUCCCACCAGCAGAGACAGAGGCCUAUUUUGGGGCCAAGGAGCCUGAGCCGGCACCACCGUACCACAGUCCAGAGGACAGCCGUGAGCAUGCGGACAAGCAUGGCUGUAUCAUUAAGAUCGUCCGCUCCACCAGUUCUACAGGCCAGAGGAACUACGCUGCACCCCCAGCCAUGCCCCCUGCCCAGUGUCCUCCGUCCACCUCAUGGCAGCACAGCCACCAGCGCCAUGGAACCUCCCCUGUGGGAGACCAUGGCUCACUGGUACGCAUCCCACCACCUCCUGCGCAUGAGCGGUCGCUGUCUGCCUACAGUGGGGGAAACAGGGCCAGUACCGAGUUCCUGAGGCUGGAGAGUGCCCCAGCCUGCAGGCCCCCUGAGGGUGCCCUGCGGGAUAGCGACACCUCCAUCUCCAUCCCAUCUGUGGACCACGAGGAGCUGGAGCGCUCUUUCAGUGGCUUCAGUAUCUCCCAGUCCAAGGAGAACCUGGAUGCUCUGGGCAGCUGUUACGCAGCCGUGGCGCCGUGUGCCAAGGUCAGGCCCUACAUCGCGGAGGGGGAGUCUGACACAGACUCAGACCUCUGCACACCGUGUGGGCCUCCCCCACGCUCUGCCACUGGCGAGGGCCCCUUUGGAGAUGUGGGUUGGGCGGGGCCCAGGAAGUGAGACUGGGCUGGGCUGCUGGGCCCCGUGCCAUACCCACUCUAGGUCCUGAUUUGGAGCUGGAGUUCCAGGGCCUCUCCUAACGUGACAGAGUGACAUAGAGCAGUGUGGAUUGAGGGGAUGCUUGUGGGAUCUGGCUCUUAGGGCUCAUGUGGAGUGGAGAAGAGGCAGGGCUCCUUGGCACAUAUGGUAACAUUUUAUAGAAGUUCUUUUCCAACCAAGAGGGGGAGAUUAAGGCGGGACCCUGGAGGCCCCAGGAGCUAUCUACGACAGCAAAGCUAGCCCUGCUCGGUCUUCUUGGGGGACAGAUAUCACCCUGUGUGUGAGGAGCAGCAGAGUGAUGGUGGCACCUGUAAGUGGGGGUGUGGCUGGGAUCAAGUACGUGGGAGAUAGCGGUGAAGUAGGGCCUGUCUGCUUCUGAUGGCCAGUCCUGAGGCCCAGGGAUCUCCCAGCAUAGGCUGGAAGCUCAGGAGGUACCAUAGGUCGCUGGGAAUGGUCCACCUUCACACCCGACUGCUUAUCCCCCAGUUCCUGACUGCCCCAGUAAAGCAUCGCUAGGCCCACUGUUUGUGUGUGGCUAGGAAAUGCCCCUCAUCCCCGGGCAUCUAGCUAGAGAGCUGCUGGCCGGCAUCUUCCUCUUCCAGGUUUUGUGGAAGAUCAGGACCCUUUUCCUGGAGCUGAGGAAGGGAUGAGUCCUUAGGGGCCAACCUGGAGCUUAGAACUGACCCUUGGGCCCCACCCCUGGCUUCCACCUCUUAGGGGAGGACCCAGCCCACAGCCUUUUUCUGGAAGGGGGUUCUGUGGGAGGCUCUGGCUGCCUCCUCCCUGGCACUGUAGCCCGGGAGGUCUGGCUUGGCACCCUCAUGGCCUCAUUUUUUCCUGGUGUGGCGCUGGUCUUCAGGCUGUAGCCAGUACGUCAAGAGAACCAUCUGGUGAACAAACCAGCACUGUCCUCAGCCAGGGCACCAGCUUGCCCGCUGCCCACUUGGCUCUACAGAUCCAGGCAGGGCUGGAUGGCACGACCUCGUCAAACUGCCAGCUCUUUCUCCACGAGAGCAUGUCCUCUGUGCCUGGUCAAGGAUCCUUCCCACGGAAGCCGGCCAUCCACAGUCAUUCAACCACUUGAGGUCCCUUGGCUGUGGCCUCUGAGUGUUUGUGGGAAUUGGGAACACCUUGUCCUCUACUCUGGUGAGCAGGACUCUGUCCAUCUUGUGAGUGGACCAUCUCGGACCAUAUGGCAGCCAUCUCUAGAGGGAGACAAGGUAGAGCCCUCAGCUGUGGUCCUGCAACGUCUGGCACAGGGGUGUCCGGCAAUGAAUGAUAUAGCAUUUUUGGGGCCCCAGUCUCUAUGAGGCAACAGUAUUCCUGGUCAGUGAGGGCAAGGGCUGGAGAGCUUGAGCCUGGGAAGAGCUCUACCCACUUCUCCCCCACUCCCUUUUAAGUGUUCUGGAAGGGGUAGAAGCACCUUGGGGGGAUAACCUCAGCAGGAGGCACCCCAUCCCCAAGAAGAACUUGAGGUCAUGUCUCUGUGAGGGACCUGGGCAUCUGGGGAGCUGUGUCUGCUAUCUGAUGUGGCCUCCAUAUCCUCUAUGUCAGGUCUUCUAGGGACUGCACCUCAGGAUGCCUCUGCCAGGUGUCACACUCUGUGCCCCUUGGUCUCCUAGGGCCAGUGCCUAGCCAGCUCCUUGGUAUGAGAUGUCUCUUCCUAUGUGGGCGUGGUGGGCAAUGUAGACAGGAAGAGAAGCUGCCCCUUCACUAGUCUUCUCUUGGAGAGUUGAGCCUAGGCUCAGACCCUCCACCUGACACACGGGAAGAGUCCAGGGCAGAGGGGCAAGUGCACCUGCCCUGGACAGACCAGUCGUCAGAGUACUUCUCCCCUAGACCUGGGUAGGCAAGCUGUCUCAGCUCUACGGAAUGUAGAAAAGAGGUUUGCAUCUGCCCUACAUGGUCCACACAGUGUAUCCUGCCUCGUGUGCGUGGCCCCACAUCCUGCCCCCAGAGCUGCCAUGGAUACAAGAGCCUGGGAUGCCCUGAGCUGAGGUUUUGUGGGAUGAAGGUGGACAGGCACCCUCCCUUCCCCAGAAACCCUGACCAUACAGAAUCUAUCAGAAACCCUCAUUUAGGUUACAGUAAAAGAGAGACAGGCCGUGGUCUGCUCUGCAAAUGAGGAAUACUGGUCAAGGCUGCAGUGUUGGCUACUCAGAGCAAGUUCAUCUCGAGGGGUGACAUGGGAACCCUAAUAUGAGAGAUAACCGAACCCCUUCUUGGGGACCUAGAACCAGGCCCGAACAACACAAAUGUGCACUGCCUUGGCGUCCCCACCCUCAGGGAAACAGGACAGGACGGAGGCUAGAAGCUCCUAUAAGAAAUGUGUGCACUUUCUUGGGUAUUCACACGUAACCAAGUGUGACUGAAGGCCAGCAGCUGCCCCAUGGCAAAAUUUUCCUCAGAAAACAUUUAUCCCAACACAUUCCCUCCCAUGCCUACCAGCACAUACCCAUACACUGGGCAUGUAAGUACAUUCAUAUAUGUAUACAUAAAAGCUUACAGACCAUGCUUUCAUAUGCACGCACAAGUAUACACACAGAGACACAAAGUGUACAUACAGCAGGUGUACUUUCAAACAUGUAUUCCUUGUUACACACAUAUACAUGAAAGCUCACACAGUUUGCCAGACCACACAUACAUACAUAUAUGCAUACAUAUGAACACAUGUAAACAUACAGGCUUGUAGGUUACAUGUUAAUUCUGCACGUGCACAUACAGCAGGUAUCCACCUUUAUACCUGCAUAGUCACAUAUAUGAACAUGUGCACACACACAUAUGAGUAACCUGUAUGUCUAAUGUAUACACACACGUAGGCUUCAGCCCCCAACACUUUAAUCUUUUUGUCUUUGGCUCUUCCUAAUGGGAGCUACCUGGAGAGGGCACCACAAGACUUAACGAUAAAUGUUCUAAAGUGUUGAGCACUGACUGGGUGGUAUGGAGCCCAUUGAAUUCCCACACUGCCUUCUCCUUGAACUAGCUGGUAGCUGUCUGUAGGAGCCAAGAGAGGCUGUGGCUAGGUCAGGGUGAAGCAGUUCUAGUGCCUGCUGAGGUCCAGAUCAGUCUUUACAUUGGGUCGUUCUUGGUAUUGGCCAGUUCUCAAUGCCCCUCUGUAUACAUGCCUGCUUCAUCAUGCCAGGCUGUGAUUGGUAUUUUCUGGCUUAACAUCUUCCUUCCAGACCUUUUCAAUUGGCCUCCAGGAAGUAUACUCUUGUCUACCAGGGCCAGAAUACCUGGGGUGAGGGGCCAUCUGCUGUCCUACAUGUGAUCUGGGCAGACCAAGUGUCCAUUAAGCUAGCUGUUACCCUUUUGCCUUUAUAAUGGGUCUCUUUGGAGGGCACUCUAAGCUGUAGUCAUCCCCAGUCCCUAGAAAUAGGGGACUCAUAUCCAGUACCCCCUUCCACCAUUAAUGCACUGGUUUAAGGUUCUUUUUCCCCUUGAGCGGAUGGCUACAGAUUCAGAAUGUGGGAAAUAAGGCCAGCCUGCCGUCUGCCAUCCCUACUGGGUUUAUCCUAUAUCAGGGGCACUGUGAAGAAUACCUUUGCCUUUUGUGGAAAGAAGUGGGCCCAGAGAUGUCUUUAGACCUCAGAGGUGAGAGAAUCUGGGACAGGAAUGCCGUUCUGAAACACCGGAGAUUGCGUCUUUCAGUUUUCUGUCUGUAAGUAGUGCAGAGAGUGGAGGCUAAUACACUUGCCCAUGGCUCACACCCCAACACCAACAGGACAACAGGUGGGCCUUUCUCUGAGGCCACAACCUCUUGAAAUAAACGUGAAAAACUUGGUUUGAACAGUGGGGCCCACAGUAGAAGGACCCAGAUAUCUGGGGCACCUUGCAUUCCGGCAGGGUGGGUUGGGGGUAGAGUGGAGAAUCGAUACACAGAACACCCCUGAAGCCCAAGCUCACAUGACUGGAAUGAUAUCAUCUGCUCCCAUGAUAUAGAGACACUGGCCUUCUGCUCACCUGAGACUUCCCAGAGCAUAGGAUGUAGGAUGUGGGGAAAGAGUUCCAAGAAGAGUCUGCAGGCAUGUCUGUCUGUCUUUCUGUCCCAGGUUCCUACUGUGCCCCAGCUGAGCUUCCCAGGGAGGUAUUGUGAUGGAAAUGAGGGUGCCUCUUCUUUCUGAGGAGUCUUCAGCAUGUGCCCAACACAUGCCUUAGACCCUAGGUUUAGGGGGCCCAGUGUCCCUGUGAGUAAAUAAAUUGGGGCCACAGUUUGAUGAAUUUUGCUUAUCUAUGAGGUGGUUCUAGCAACAGGUCUUGGGGAGCACCAGGAAUGGGAGUAGAGAGAAAGGAUUACAUCCUAGGAAGGAGACCCAUGAAACACCUAGAGGUGCCUGGGUUUUCUUUGUUCAGAGCUCUGUCUUAGAUGCUCCUGGUGUCCUGGCUGACAGAGGAUACUGGGCCUGACCUAUGACCCACCCCGAAGCUCCCCUGGUAUCUAGCUCUCUAUCAGAGAAGGGAUAGUCCCCAGGCUGUUCUGGGACUCUUAGGCAGGAGUAUACACUGCUAACACCACACAUCCAAUUGGGACUGGCUUACAAAGUUGUUGCCUUAAUGUAUGUUGAGGGAAAUUCACCAAGGUCACCCCUGCCUCACCUGAUUCAGACAAAACUGGACUCCACCUCCAGGUCCUGCUACUGGAGAAGAGUGCCGGUAUGAUGGGCUGCCCCUAGCAGUCCCACACAGAGGGGCUCAAAGCUGUGAUCCCCUUGACAUCAUCCAUCUGCCUGGGAUGGUUCCAUAUACAAUGCAGCGCACCCUGCGCUUCCAGCCCACACUUGCCCAUUGCAGUCUUGUCCCCCCGGCCGCAGUUGCGGCUGCAGCUUCCCCAUCUGCGCUGUUGCCUUUGGCUGUCUUUGCACUUUUGUUCAUGCUCCAAAGAAUAUUUCAUAAUGCCUUCAUACUGACGUGCACCCUAAACAUUUUGUACGUGCCCUUGGGCCACAGCAAAUGGCCUUCUCCUUUUGGCCGCCACCUGCACACGACGCUGUCUUCUAGGGAUAGAUGCCCAGGGAAGGAACUCUAGUUUUCUAACUGACUAGCUGAAAUGCUAACUUACUCGACAUGAACAGAAUGGCACUUGUGCUGUGUGAGCGAGCAGGCCAGUGUGUGCUCGCAGGGAACUUCGGGGCAUAAUCCCGUAGCAGGGAUGCAUGCAGAUGGUUCUGGAAAGUUUUGCUGCCACAGGGCUGAGUUCAGAUGCCCAGUGGACAUGUGCACUUAGUAAAACAGUGAUUCAACUUGAA